CCAAUGGAUCUGAGGCAAUCCAAGUCAUGGCACCAAUGAUGCUGCAGGAAUUUCAAGUCCAUUCUUUGUCUCACAGCUUGGGAGGGGACACUGAACUGGAGCUUGUAGACAGCUUGGAUCCUUUCUCUGAAGGAAUCAUGUUCAGCGUUCGACCACCUAAGAAAAGUUGGAAGAAGAUCUUCAACCUUUCUGGAGGAGAGAAAACACUUAGUUCUUUGGCUUUAGUAUUUGCUCUUCAUCAUUACAAACCCACUCCCCUUUACUUCAUGGAUGAAAUUUAUGCAGCCCUUGAUUUAAAAAAUGUGUCCAUUGUUGCAUUUUAUAUAUAUGAACAAACAAAAAAUGCCCAGUUCAUAAUAAUUUCUCUUCGAAACAACAUAUUUGAGAUUUUGGAUAGACUUAUUGGAAUUUACAAGACAUACAAUAUAACAAAAAGUGUUGCUGUCAACCCAAAAGAAAUUGCAUCUAAAGGACUGUGUUGA